AUGUCAUCACCACCAAGCAAACGUCGCCGGAUCGAUGGCCAGUUCAGCCCAAACGAGAGACUUUCGCAAGAUUUCGACGUGAACGAAGCUAGGAAAGCAAAUGAUUUACGGCUCAAGUCUCGGUUUGAAUCCAUAUUCGAGAAAUACGGAAAAGAUUUCAGCUCCGUUGGCGAUGAGAUAGAUUUGGCAAAGGGAACCAUCGUGGUGGACAAUGGGCAUCUCACGGAAAUGGGCGAUGAGCGCGACGUAGGGAGAGGGUUAUGGGACGAUUUCCACCCAGAAGAUGAUAGUGAAGGAGAUGAAGAUGCGCCAAGCCAGAAUGCUGCGCCGCUGCCAGAAACUAUGGGAGAUUCUGAGACAGGAAGUGCCUUUUUCCAGGAAUGGGUAAUGCAAGAUGAUUACAAUGUCAUGCCUGAGAAGGAGGAUCAGCCUGCAAAAGGUGAUACUGCAAAUCCCCGAUCAGCAGCCAAUUUGGAAACUGGUAUGACCGCAACUUCUACAACGAGCCCACCAAAAACUAUUAAGAGUGGGACUCUACAAGGCCAUGAAACCACCGAGGACCAUGAAAAUCUGCAGCUGCCUAAUGACUGUUUGUGGGAUGCGCCUCCAUUACCUGCCACAGCUCUAUCAGCCGGCUUAGAGGACAUGGCAACCGCCACAACCAGGUUCAUAGAAAGGACACCUUCUCCAGAUAACACAGGGUCAAUAUGGGCGGCACCCCGUUCAAGGCGCAGGCGAAUACCCCAUAUAAACAAGCCCAAGAGCCCCCCAAAGAAAACUCCAAUGCGCAAGUCAAAGACUGCCUCAAAUGAUUCUGAUUCUGAUUCUGAUGAUCCAAUUCAAAAUCGCACUCCAAUAUUCUCAACCCCCCGACGCCCAGUUAACGUUCUUCCCAUUCCACCGCCCGACGAUUCCAUUCUUCGAACGCUUAUAAUACCUGCAAAUGUAUAUAUUCCACCUCCGGAAGAGCCGAUAUCUACUAUAGAAGAUAAUGGCAAUAAUGAUGCAACGAGUGAUGAGCAGGAAACAGUUAGUAAAGUUAAUAUGGAUACCCCAUCGAUAACCAGGAAAAUAAACCCAGUGACGCCAUCCAACCCUCAGUGCACUCCCUAUCCCAGUCAUGUGGUAACCACUGCACGUGAAGACGAAGUUCUCGGGACCCCGCUGAAAAUCUUACACCACAAGAAGUGA